GGUCAUAAAACUACAGCGCCUGGCCUGAAGCGGUUGGUGCUGAGUUUGUGCUGCAGGUCCGGGUCUUGCCACUGGAUUCUCCCCAUCGACUCUUUUGGGGUUGGGRGAAUAUCAAAUGGUCCGGCUUCUGUAACUGGGAACAUAAAUCACUAAAGACUGAGAGAAGCCUUCGCUCCCCUCGCACCUUUUCAUCUCCCAAAGGGCCGUGCAUGUCUAAUAUUUAGACAUGUUCAGCUUGCUGGAUUCAAGGACUGUACUGCUACUUGCAGCAACUCAAGUUUGUCUAUUAGCCGUUGUAAGAUGUCAGGAUUAUGACCAGGAGGAUGCUUUUAGCUGUGUACAAGACGGACAGACUUAUGGCAACCAGGAUAUAUGGAAACCAGAGCCUUGUCGCAUCUGUGUGUGCGACACUGGGACAAUCCUGUGUGAUGAAAUUGUCUGCGAGGAGCUAAAAGACUGCCCCAAACCUGAAAUCCCAUUCGGAGAGUGUUGCCCCAUCUGUGCUGCUGACCCACCUACAACUUCUGGAGGACAUGGAGCUAAGGGUCAAAAGGGUGAACCUGGAGACAUUACAGAUGUUGUAGGACCAAGAGGACCAUCUGGCCCAAUGGGCCCACCAGGAGAGCAAGGACCUCGUGGACCGAGAGGAGAAAAAGGAGAGAAGGGAAGCCCUGGUCCUCGUGGCAGAGAUGGUGAACCUGGCACCCCUGGAAACCCCGGACCCCCUGGCCCUCCCGGACCUAACGGACCCCCCGGCCUUGGUGGGAACUUUGCUGCUCAGAUGGCUGGUGGUUUUGACGAGAAGGCCGGCGGCGCUCAGAUGGGUGUGAUGCAAGGACCAAUGGGCCCUAUGGGACCCAGAGGACCACCUGGCCCCUCAGGAGCACCUGGCCCUCAAGGUUUCCAAGGCAGCCCAGGAGAGGCAGGAGAGCCCGGACAGUCU